UCCGACAGUGUUACUUGGGACCGGCGACAUUAUUAUUCAUUAGUCUAAAUAAUUUAUAAGUUUACCUAACAAGUGAAGAACAUUUAACUGAAAUCUUGACUUUUCUAUCAAUAGUUAUAGUGUCUACGCCGUGUCAUGCGCAUCUCUUCAUAUUCAAAUAAUACAGUUAAUUUUUUUUUUUUUUGAUAAGUUUAUGACCUGAAAAAUGGCCCCCCAAGCGAUGGAUGCGAAUGGUGUGCUAUUCGAAGGAGAUGCGGAGACGGAGGACGUGGCCCUGGCGAAUCCACCGAUCCAGCAAGCCGGGGAUGAAAAGUGGGACUUCCGAUAUGUGAAGCAUAUUCUCUUUUACACUGCGAUGCUCUAUACAGCCGGGGUGUAUGGAGGCUACCUGGCGCUGGUGUCGACGAAAUGGCAAACGAAUGUAUUCUGUAAGAUUUUAUACUCUGUGAUAAACUGGGCGCGCGACCACCGCAUGCACCACAAGUAUGUGGACACAGACGCGGACCCCCACAAUGCUACACGAGGGCUAUUUUUCUCCCACGUUGGCUGGCUGAUGGUGGAGAAACACCCGGAGUUCGAGCGCAAGAGCAAGCAGAUAGACCUUAGCGAUCUUGAAAGUAAUCCCAUAUUGCACUUCCAGCAAAAAUAUUACGUAGCCCUAGUGACGGUUAUUUGCUUCAUCCUCCCCACUGUCAUCCCGGUUUACUUCUGGAACGAGACCUGGAUAAACGCCUUCUUCGUGCCCGUGUUACUUCACCACGUCUGCUGCUUUAAUGUAACGGCUUUAGUCAACUCAGCUCUCCAUAAAUGGGGAUAUAAGCCCUACGACAAAAACAUGAUGGCAACGGAACUUAAAAUUCUCGAUCCGUUUACACUUGGAGAAAACUACCACAACUACCACCACGCUUUUCCUUGGGACUAUAAGGCGGCAGAAGUUGGCGAAGGCACAUUCUUAUUAUCUACAGCGUUCAUAAAUUUCUUUGCGAAAAUCGGCUGGGCUUAUGACUUAAAAACUAUCUCUGAUGACGUCAUUCGGAAGCGCGUAAUUCGUACUGGAGAUGGCUCGCACCAUAUUUGGGGAUGGGGUGACAAGGACCAGACUAAAGAAGAAGUGGAUGCAGCUGUGAGAAUUAACCCUAAAGAAGAUUAAGCCUUGCCUGCCUUUUCACAUUUGAAGAGAAAGGGAUAGGGAUAUUAAAUAUAAAUAUUAAUGUUUAAAGUUCUUGGAUGGAUCCGCUAAAGUAAAGUACUUAUUCAUUAAGCUAUUGUUGAAGCAUCAUUAUGCUUCAAUAAUAGUUUACCGUGGAACGACAUAGGUAUGUAUAUGUAUAUAAAUACAUAUUUCUGUGAAGCAUCACAUAAAAUGUAUAACAUAUGUGUGUGUAUUCUACAUAAUAUGAGAAUCAGAUUAAUUUAUAUUAAUAUGAAAUCUUCUUUAGGAUUUGCUAAAGUAUUUUUGUACCUGGAUUAUAUAAACCAGGUAUAAAAAUACUUUCAGGCUAAAGCAUUUUUGUCCCUGGUUUACAUACACUAGGUACAAAAAUACUUUAUCAAAUCCUAAGGAGGAUAUUUAUAUAAAUUAAUCUGAUUCUCGUAUGUAGAAUAUACGCACAUAUGUGACGCCCACGGGAGU